AUGUCUGCCAACGACAAAGACGUGUCUAAAGGCGUUCCCGCCACUGAGCAUCUCGAGCGUUCCAUUUCAAACGACGCCGUCCUCAAAGUCGCCGAGCAUGCCGACCUCGAGGCUAUCGAAGAGACCACACCGGGCAGGUUCGUCUGGCUCUGUGCCUGUGCCACUGCCAUAGGUGGCAUGCUCUUCGGCUACGACACCUUGGGUAACAAGCCCAUCAGCAACUCUGACAAGGAGCUCAUCACCGCACUCUGUGCUGCGGGAGCUCUAGUCGGUGCUGUUGUUGCCGGAGUCACUGCGGACAUGUACGGUCGUCGACCGGCCAUCUGGUUUGCGAUGAUCUCGGUCGACAUGAUCUUCCUCGGCUCCGGCUCGGUCCUUGCCUACGCUUUUGACGCGGCCUUCUACAAGGUGGCACACGGAUGGAGGUACAUGGUCGGCAUCGGAGGCGUCCCGUCCAUCAUCCUCAGUGUCCUUCUCUUCUGGUGUCCCGAGUCGCCUCGCCAGCUCAUGUUCCAUGGCAGACGCGAAGAGUGCGAAAGGGUGCUGAGACGCAUCUACCCUCAUGCCACCGAGGAACAUCUCGCCAACAAUUUGCUGUCUCUUGAAUACGGUGUCAACGCCUCCAAGGACCUCAGUGAGGAGAUCUCGUGGCGCACUUCGCUCAAGAAUAUCUUCACCAUCCCUGCGAACUUCAGGGCUACCAUCGCAGCGUGUGGGAUCAUGGCGUUUCAGCAGUUCUGCGGCUUCAAUACACUCAUGUACUACUCCUCAACGCUCUUCGAUAUCGCGGGGUUCCCGAACCCUACUAGUCGGCGUAGGAUUCUGCUCUGGACAAUGUGGGGAAUGCCCGUCUGCCUGGUCAUCGCGGCCGUCGCCUUCCACUGGAUCCCUCUAGACCUAAACACCCUGGAGCCCACAGAAACGAACAUCGGCUGGCCGGCCUACGUGGUGCUCGUCAUGAUGAUCCUGUUCGUCGCCUUCUAUGCCGCCGGCCUCGGUUGCGUGCCGUGGCAGGCGAACGAGUUCCUGCCGAUGGAGGUCCGGGCCAUGGGUACCACGCUGAUCAAUAUCUCCAACUGGGGGCCCAACAUCGUCGUCUCGGCCACGUUCCUGACCAUGAUGCGGAACAUGACGCCCUCUGGCACGUUCUGGUUCUACGCUGGCCUGUCUUUCCUCGGCUGGGUCUUUGUGUAUUUCUGCUUCUCUGAGGCGGCGAACAUGACGCUUGAGGAGGUUCGCGUUGUGUUUCAGCAUGGGUUUGGUGUUAGGUACGCUGAGGAGUGGCGCAAGCAGCGCAAGAUUCAGCAGACUGCUUUUACUGGAGACGUAUGA